GUCUGUAUGUAUAUGAUAAUUUGAAUUUUUAAAGAAGGACGUCUGUGUACAGAACGUCGUUUAAAAUAAUGAUUAUAGCAUAUAUUUUUACUAUUAGUUAAUUCAUAUUAAAUCAGAUGAUGUGAGCAAUAUAAUAUUAAAAAUCAUCAGUAUUUUUCCAAGGUUUUAAAAGAGGCCAGAUGAGUAAGCCUCUUGUUCUUAGUUUUGGGAGAUAGUGGGCAGAUGCUACUCUUAUUUUUAUGCUAAAACUAAAAAAAGUAAAAUGGGAUUGUAAGGCUUGCAUUGGAAAUUAUAGACCAAUUAGUCUUACUUCUGUAGUGGAAAAAUUCUGAAGUCUGUUAAAAGAAAGUCAACUAGUUAGAUAUGGUAAACAUGGGGAAAUCUUCCCUUUCUGUUCUGUUAUUGUUAACUUUUUUUGAGGAUGUUAUGUGUUAUCUGGAUUAUGGAAAAGGUGUAGACCUGAUGUAUUUAAAUUUUCUAAAAAAAUUUGAUAAGAUGCAACACCAAAGAUUAGACAAGAAAAAAACUAUAUCAGUGGGAGUUGGAAAAAGAUUAGUAAGUUGAAUUGUAGGAUGGCAUUGGUAGGAUAGAGGUGAAAUACUUGAUAUUCUGGGUGUGGCAUUGAUGUUUUCACUAUAAUCACAAAUAAUUCAAACAUGCAAACUGCAAGACCUGCCAUUGCUCAUUAUAUUCCAUUGAUAAGGGGAUCUUGGAGUGUAAUGUCUCUUGGUAGAAGACUCUAUUACAUGCCAAUAGCUGUAACUCAGAUUUAUGAAUUACACACCCAAGUUUUCUUAUGGAAAUCUGAGAAAAAUGAUGUAUCCUCACUCUUCAUGCCUGUAAAAGUGUUAAGAAAUGCAGAUGACAUCAGUGUUGGAGAAGAACUUUCAUCAAAACUUAAAAAAGAAGAUAUACUUAAAAUUUUAAAUCAGUUUCAUAAAAGGCCUCAGAUCAGAAAAUUGAGUGAAGAAAAUGGCUUAGAUAACAGGCUGUUUGAACAAGCUUUUAUUAGUUUUCGUAAGUUUUGUAUGGAUUCAGAGAAUUUGCCAACUGAUCUCCACAUCAUUGUGAGUGAUGUAAUUCAUGGUAGUGGUCAUGUUGAUGAUAUUGUACCAUUUUUUUUAAAACAUGCCCAUCAAGUUUUCCCUCAUUUGGAAUGUAUGGAAGAAUUGAAGAAAAUCUCUGACCUAAGGUUACCAGCAAAUUGGUACCCUGAAGCCCGCAGCAUCAUCAGGAAAAUAAUUUUUCAUGCAGGGCCAACAAACAGUGGGAAGACUUAUCAUGCACUGGAACGUUUCAUUACAGCAGAAUCUGGGAUUUAUUGUAGCCCACUUAAACUACUUGCUGGAGAAGUUCAAGAAAAGACAAAUUCUAGAGGAACUCCUUGUGAUUUAGUAACUGGAGAAGAACGUAAAAAUGCCAACCCUGAUGGAACUCCUGCUAGGCACAUUGCCUGCACUGUAGAGAUGGCACCCACUAACAUUCCAUACAAAGUUGCAGUUAUUGAUGAGAUACAAAUGAUUCGAGACUUUGGGAGGGGAUGGGCCUGGACACGAGCUUUAUUAGGCCUUGUUGCAGAGGAAAUUCAUAUCUGUGGGGAAGCAGCAGCUUUAAAUCUGAUAAAACAAAUGGUUAAUGAAGUUGGAGAAGAAAUGGAAAUACGCAGGUAUGAACGUCUGACAAAACUUACUAUUGAAGACGGUGCACUGGGUAGUCUAGAUAAUGUAGAACAAGGGGAUUGCAUUGUAUGCUUCAGCAAAAAUGACAUAUUUUCUAUUAGUCUUCAGUUAGAACGAAGAGGUCAUAAAUGUGCUGUCAUUUAUGGUGCACUUCCCCCAGGCACCAAACUCGCUCAAGCCAACAAAUUCAAUGACCCUUUAAAUCCUUGUAAGAUUUUGGUAUCAACAGAUGCCAUAGGCAUGGGACUGAACUUAAGCAUUCGAAGGAUCAUAUUUUACUCCGUUAUGAAACCAUCCAUGAAUGAAAAAGGUGAAAAAGAAAUGGACAAUUUAACUACAUCACAGGCACUUCAGAUAGCAGGUAGAGCAGGAAGAUAUGGCACCCAGUUUGAUGAAGGCUUUGUUACUACCUUUCAUGCUGAGGAUCUUCCAGUUUUAAAAGAGAUAAUGUCCAGACCUGUGCAACCAAUUACAGCAGCAGGUCUACACCCAACAGCUGAUCAGAUUGAGCUGUUUGCAUAUAAUCUUCCUCAUGCUACUUUAGCUAACUUGAUAGACAUUUUUCUAAGUCUGAGUCAGGUUAACACUGCUUCAUAUUUUAUGUGUAAUAUAGAAGACUUUAAGUUCCUAGCAGACAUGAUUCAACAUGUUCAACUACCUUUAAGAGCUCGCUACGUCUUCUGUUGUGCGCCAAUAAAUCGUAAGAUACCUUUUGUAUGCUCAAUGUUUCUAAAAUUUGCCAGACAGUAUAGUCACAAUGAUCUUCUGACUUUUGAAUGGCUAAAGACAAGCAUUGGUUGGCCUUUUAAUCCACCACAAACAAUAAUGGACUUAGUGCAUCUGGAAGCAGUAUUUGAUGUUUUGGAUUUGUACUUGUGGUUAAGCUACAGGUUCCUAGACCUCUUUCCUGAUGCUGAGCAUGUUCGGAUGAUACAGCGUGAGCUUGACAAAAUAAUUCAGGAGGGUGUAUAUAGCAUCACUAGUUUACUUCAGACUGGAGAAUUUGAGAAAGACCAGGUUGUUACUGAAGAACAGCAACUUUCAGGACAUAAUGAGGAUAUACGGAACAAAUCUAGGCAUAUAAGGGGUAAUGAUGUUUUUGUUAAAGCAGCAAGUUCUGUUAGUAUUGGAAAAGGACAACUAACACAGCAACUUUUAGAUAAAGGACUUCUAACUCACCAGAUGUUAGAGCAACUUCAGAAGGAGUGGGAAGAAGGUGGUAAUAGCAGUGGUAGGAAAAUAGUAACAAAAGGAAAAAAAAGCCAAAGAGAACUACAAAGUAGAGAUGUAGUGUUGAAAUAAAAGUACUGUGCAUUUUCUAUUGUUACAUAAAAUUAUAAAGUAGCAUAUCAAACCUGUCUGAAGUGGUCAUUUUUAUAAUGAAUUUAAUAUUGAUAAAAUGCCUUUUAUUGAGAGAAAAACAUAUGUACUGCUUUACUAAUAUACCUUUUACUCUGCACCAGUCGAAAAGACACACUAAUAAACACCAAAAAUUAGACAAGUGUCUUUUCAUUUAGAAUGAUUUACUUCAUACACACACUAUCUGUUAGUUUGUGUAAUAGAUUUUACAUGUAUAACUAAUUUUUACAUUGCACUAAAAUAUGGGAAAACAUUAUGCAAUGAAAUUAUUGGAUUAGUUAUUAGCUUCUUAGACUUCCUUUGGUUAGACUGUGGACAGCUUAACAUGUAAUGCUUUGGGUAGUUUUAUGUAUUCUGGUUUUAAUUUUUAUCCUGAAUAUAUUUUGCAUGUUUCUUACUAUGAAAUUAAUUUGGGGAGUAAAAUAAAUUAUAUUCCUCUAGUUUUACAUGUUUUCUAAAUGAACACAUUUCUUCUAUUAGUAACAAUUCUAUGGCAUAGUUGAUUUAUUAUGUGAAAGAUUUUUAUUGGGCAAUGUUUUGGGUUUGAAACAGUUCAUUAUUAUAUUUAUGUGAAAUUUAGUGAUUCUAUUACAGAGGUCAAGUAUUUUACAUUUGAAAUGAUUUUGGAGCCUCACCACAUCAUUACAGUAUAUGUUACCAUUCUUGAUAAUGCACUGUCUGAAUACUGUGCAUCUUUGAAAUAGCCCUUCAGGGUAGCUUACACUGUAAGAUAUUAUUCUGUACAAAUAACACCAUUCUUCUGUGCAUGCUUUCCAUAAACAAUCUUUUAUAUGAAGACAAUGGUUUCCCAGCAUUCACUGCAAAAGUCUAAAAUCACAGAAAAUCAUAAGCACUGUACUUGGCACUUUGAAUGGUAUGUCUUCAUAUGGAAUGGCAUGAAUUCCCACUUCCUUCUCCAACAGUUUGAGGUACGUGGCAGUUUAAUAGAUAUGUUGGGAAGUGACUUUUGUACAUAUUAUUUGUUUCUUUUUGAUUAUGGAAUCUCACUUGUUACAAGAUGCCUUACUUUGCUUACCGUGGCUGGGAUUUGAUGUAUUGCAAGUCUCUUUGUAGAUGGUCCUGUUACCCCAAGUUGAUCCAUAUUCCUUUGUUUUAAAAUGCCAUUAAGUACAAGAAAUAUCAUUGUCUUGGAAACUCCAAAUCCCCAAUCUGAAUGCAUCUUUAUGUUCUGAGUGUAUAAAUAUUUUGCAACAGAAAGGACUGUUACAUACCUUUCCCAAAAGCAAUCAGUAUUUGGUGGUAUCAUGCUGCUCAAAAAUAGUCAAACAAUGUAAAAAUGUAGUUCUGAUACAUACAAUUCUACCACUUUAUAUCAGUUCUGGUUGCCUUGUGGGUUGCUGAUUUGCAUAUUCAGUAUUGUUUUAAUAUAAUGUAUUCAACCCUCUGUAUAAUGCAGAGAUAUGGCUGAUCAGUAAAAUUAAAUGUACUUAAUGCUAAUAAACAGUUGGAGUUCUAACACAA